CACUAGGAUGCAGCGGAUCCGGGAGGGCAUCCACAUAAGGACCAUGAAGGCCAAGAGGAAAGUGGAGGACAUCUCUAAGGAAGACGUCCAGGCCUUCUUCAAGAAGAACGCCUUUGUGCUCUUUACUGUAGCGGCCGUCGUUGCAGGUAUAAUCCUUGGCUUUGCACUGCGUCCCUAUAAAAUGACCUACCGAGAGGUGAAGUACUUCUCUUUCCCUGGAGAGCUGCUGAUGAGGAUGCUGCAGAUGCUGGUGCUUCCCCUGCUGGUAUCCAGUCUCAUCACAGGCAUGGCAGCGCUGGACAGUAAGGCUUCAGGAAAGAUGGGCAUGCGAGCUGUGGUGUAUUACAUGACCACCACCAUUAUCGCUGUCAUCAUAGGCAUCAUCGUGGUGCUCAUCAUCCACCCUGGGAAAGGAUCUAAGGAUGAGUUCAUGAAGCAGUCGAAGAUAGAGGACAUCAGCCCUGCCGACGCCUUCCUGGAUCUCAUCAGGAACAUGUUUCCACCAAACAUGAUCCAGGCCUGCACACAGCAGUUCAAAACCAAAUACGGGAAGCGAAUCGUCCAUGUGACGAUGACAGUGAACGACUCUGUCUUCAACCUGACCAACCUGACCGAGCAGAUCACCAGGGAGGAGGUGAUCCCCAUCCCAGGCACGGUGAACGGGGUCAACGCCCUGGGGCUGGUGGUCUUCUCCAUGUGCUUCGGCCUCAUCAUCGGCAACAUGAAGGAGCAGGGCCAGCCCCUCAGGGAGUUCUUCGACAGUCUCAAUGAGGCCAUCAUGAGGCUGGUCGCCAUUAUCAUGUGGUAUGCCCCAAUCGGUAUCCUGUUCCUCAUAUCGGGGAAAAUCGUGGAGAUGGACGACAUCACUGAGAUGGGUGGUCAGCUGGCCAUGUACACCAUCACGGUGAUCAUAGGCCUUUCCAUCCACGCUUUCAUCAUUCUCCCAGGCCUGUACUUCGCCAUCACACGGCUGAACCCCUUCAUCUUCAUCAUGGGGCUGGUGGAGGCCCUCAUCACAGCCCUGGGAACCUCCUCCAGCUCAGCAACUCUGCCCAUCACCUUCAAGUGUCUGGAGGAGAACAACAAGGUGGAUAAGCGCAUCACCCGGUUUGUGUUACCGGUGGGCGCCACCAUCAACAUGGAUGGAACAGCACUAUACGAGGCUCUGGCAGCCAUCUUCAUAGCCCAGGUUAACAACAUGGAGAUGAACAUAGGUCAGAUCAUCACAAUCAGCAUCACAGCCACUGCAGCAAGUAUUGGAGCUGCUGGGAUCCCACAGGCUGGACUGGUCACCAUGGUGAUUGUGCUGACCUCUGUUGGACUUCCCACUGAUGACAUCACCCUCAUCAUUGCGGUUGAUUGGUUCCUUGAUCGGCUGCGUACCACGACAAACGUCUUGGGCGAUUCCAUUGGGGCAGGCAUUGUGGAGUUCCUAUCUCGACACGAGCUGCAGGCCAAGGAUGUGGAGAUGGGGAACGCUGUACUGGAGGAGAGGAAGAAACCAUACCAGCUCAUCUCUCAGGAAAACGACUACGAGAACGCCAAACGUCCGGGCACUGAAACCAAGAUGUAGCUCAAUGCUCACACACACACACAUAUACACGUUUUGGUUUAGUUUAGUUUUUAUUCUUUGUCAUAUUUUUCCAGUUAUUGCCACUGUGCCAUAUUUCCUUUCCUUUGUUGUUUUGUCAUUCAUAAAGUUCCUUUUACAAAACAAACAAAUAAUUAUCUCCCUGAAGUGGCCCAAUCAAAUUGCUUACAUCUGCUGCCGCUCUACAAGAUAGAUAGGCUUCCUGUUUUUGUGGUUUUUCUGGCUAUUUUUGUGUUGAGUUAAGUCAUCUUGGCCUAGAAUAAGUACGUGGUAUAAUGGUAUAAGGAGGAAGUUGAUGAGGGCGUUGGUGUCAGAAAGGUUUUUUGUAAAAAGAUCGAAAGACAACAUAUGUUUGAAUGACUGGACAAGCGAUAUCCUUCACAAAAUGCAACAGAGAACACAUUUAAUUUGAUACUAAUGACAUUAGGCCCUAAUAUACACUACAUGGCCAAAGGUAUGUCGUCGCCCCUUCAAAUUUGGAUAUUUUAGCCACACCCGUUGCUGACAGGUGUAUAAAAUCGAGCACACACCCUUGCAAUUUCCAUAGACAAAAAUUGGCAGUAGAAUGGCCUUACUGAAGAGCUUCGUGACUUUCAAUGACUUUCAGUGUGUCACCAUCAUAGGAUGCCACUUUUCCAGCAAGUCAGUUUUUUUCACAUUUCUGCCCUGCUAGAGCUGCCCCAGUCAACUGUAAAUGCUGUUAUUGUGAAGUGCUAGGCCACACAAGCUCACAGAAUGGGACCGGCAAGUGCUGAAGCGCGUAGCACGUAAAAAUCGUCUGUCCUCGGUUGCAACACUCACUACCAAGUUCCAAAUUGCCUCUGGAAGUAACGUCAUCACGUGAAUUGUUCGUCAGCACAACAACUGUUCGUCAGGAGCUUCAUGAAAUGAGUUUCCAUGGCCGAGCAGACGCACACAAGCCUCAGCUCACCAUGCGCAAUGCCAAGCAUUGGCUGGAGUGGUGUAAAGCUCGCUGCCAUUGGCCUCUGGAGCAGUGGAAACCGCGUUCUCUGUAGUGAUGAAUCACGCUUCACCAUCUGGCAGUCCGACAGAUGAAUCUGGGUUUGGAGAAUGCUACCUGCCUGGAGAACGCUACCUGCAUGAAUGCAUAGUGCCAACUAUUAAGUUUGAUGGUGGAGGAAUAAUGGUCUGGGGCUGUUUUUCAUGGUUCGGGCUAGGCCCCUAGUUCCAGUGAAGGUAAAUCUUAACGCUACAGCAUACAAUGACAUUCUUGACGAUUCUGUGCUUCCAACUUUGUGGCAACAGUUUAGGGAAGGCCCUUUCCUGUUUCGGCAUGAAAAUGUUCCCCGUGCACUAAGCGAAGUCCAAACAGAAAUGGUUUGUCGAGAUCAGUGUGGAGGAACUUGACUGGCUUGCACAGAGCACUGACCUCAACCCCAUCGAACACCUAUGGGAUGAAUUGGAACGCUGACUGCGAGCCAAGCCGAAUCGCCCAACAUCAGUGCCCGACCUCACAAAUGCUGUCGUGGCUGAAUGGAAGCAAGUCCCCGUAUCAAUAUUCCAACAUCUAGUGGAAAGCCUCCCCAUAGCAGCAAAGGGGGCACCAACUCUAUAUUAAUGCCCAUGAUUUUGGACUGAGAUGUUUGACGAGCACAUGUCCGCAUACUUUUGGCCAUGUAGUGUAAAUGGCUUCUGUGGAAAUAUAAACAACUUCUUAUCGUGGGUUCAAUAAAGAGUCAUUUAAAAUUUAAAAAAUGCACAGCACUUGAGGAUUGUUAUUUAUUCUUUUCCCUUUCUUCAUGCUGUCAAUAUGAGAACUCCAAUUUUCUUUUUACUUUAUUAGGAUUGAAACAAUUUGGGAAAUUGGUGCUGUGAUGCUGACAAUAUUGUUAAAAUGUAUAUGAGAUGUAUCCAACAAUCCCAUUGUUAUCACUAUACAGUAUAUUCACUAUUUUGUUUCCGGCCCUAAGACAAAUUAGUAUUUGAAAUAUCCUUCACUAUUUAGUAUAUAAUUCUGUUAACAUAGCAGGUGUAUAAGAUUUUUUUUGCCUGUAGAGAGAUUGUACGACACUAUUGUGUAAAUGAACUAUAGAAUACAGUUAACUUGAUACUUGUUUACUUGAAUGUGUUUUCUUUCAUCUAAAUGUUGAAAGACAUUCAUUUUCAGGGCUGAAAUGCCACUCCAAAGCCUUGGAAAGUUCAAUCAAGGAACACAGUGUGUGAUAAAUAACAGCAUGUGUGAACUAACUCAAAUAGAAACUGUGAUUUUCUUUUUUUCCCUUUAUGGUUUCUGAUAUUGUUGUUCACUUUCUGUAAAUGCAUCAUUUGUGGUGAAAAGGGAAAUAGACUGUCAGAUCUGU